CCGUCAAGUUUGGAAUCUUCGUUACACCAUGUCUUUGUUUACAUAUACUGAGCCGGCACAGAUCGGUCUUCGUACAGCGUUUUCGCUUAUCGUGACAGUCAACCUUAUCGGCAAUGCAUCGGUCUGCUUGGUGGUUUGGCGGAACAGACAGAUGAGAACUGCCAUGAACUUCCUACUCGUCAACCUUGCUUGCGCUGACAUGAUGGUGGCCAUCUUUAUAGCACCACAAUAUAUAUUCCUCCAUACGUAUAAAAAUCCAAAUGGCCUCACUGGAGAUUACUUGUGCAAAAUAGUCACAGGGGGGAACCUUAUGUGGACAGCGGGAGUUGUGUCGGUUGUAUCGUUAAUUGGAGUUGCGUUUGAAAGAUACUUCGCGGUGCUGUAUCCUCACGACGAGAGCCGUCGUAUUUCGAAAACCAAACUUAAAUUUAUCAUCCCAGCUUGUUGGUUAUUUUCCAUCAGCUGGAAUUUUCCUUUGUUUCUGCUCGUUAAAUACGACGCGAGUUUGGAUUUCUGCUACGAGGAAUGGCCUCCUGGUUGGUAUAUGAAUGCUUACAGCUUGGGAUGGCUCAUCAUAAUUGGCAUUCUGCCGGUCACCGUCAUGUCCGGGCUGUACAGCCGGGUUGUUUAUCAGCUUUGGGUGAGAACAUCACAGCCAGUAGAUCUCCCCCAACGUGCCGUAGUCAAGUCACGCAAGCGUGUCACGAAAAUGGUGUUGUCCGUGACAGUUUUGUGCGCUGUAUGCUGGCUUCCAAACCUCAUUGCCUACGUUCUUGAUUUCUACGGUUUGAAUUCUCACGGUGAUGUAGUACACACGACAACAGUGGUUCUGGUUUCGUUAAAUUCGGCUGUCAAUCCAAUUAUCUACUGUUUUCAGAGCAAAGAUUUCAGAAGGCAUAUUAAGGCACUAUGGCUUUCUCCUUGCUCGAAGCGACCGGGUGCAACAGUAGGAACUUCAAAGGACACUGCUGCUCUACCUGCAAGUAGGUCGCGAGCUACGCAACCGUUCUAA